CAUGUUGCGCGCUGCGGCUCAAGACGGAGCGCAGCCACGCGCGGACUGCCGAAAUGCGCAGGCAACCAUCCGACCCCCCUCGAGAGUGCCAAGUGCGGUUCACGACUCCCACGGACUCGAGCGGAAGUGACCUCAGCGCCCAGUCCGACGUCACUAAGGAGGAAGACAAGGACAGUGACCACAAGGAGGGGAGUGAAGCGAGCGAGAUGAGAGACAUCUCUAAAUACAAGCGGGACGAGGAUGAAGUCGAUAGCGGGGUUGAGAGCACUAGGACGAACGAGGCCGCCACGACGCCCGAGAUCGUGGUGUCGUGCAGCGCGUCGGAGUACAGCGAGGCGGAGUGGGCGGAGUCGCGCACGCGCGAGCCGGCGUGCCUGCACGGCGACGGGUUCGACCUGGGGCCGCUGCACGACAUCACGCAGCUGCAACUGCUGGACCGCUGCCGCGUCUCCGUAUACAGAGAACACCAUCGUGAGAUCUUGAAGACGCAAAGCGUGCGUCGUUGCAUGAUGUUCAUCGCCAAAAUGAAGAAACACAUCCUGAGCAAAGUCCAUCUCACUCUGGAGAAACCAGAUGUAAGUGUGACAUUUCAGCUUUAAGAAUAAGUUAUGCUAAUUACACAAAAAUGUUAUUA